UCUCUUACCGCCGGAGCCCGGAGUACCCGGAUGAGGGCGAGCUGUCGGGGGUCCUUAGGAAGCGGCUGCGGUUUUGGAGGUGGCUGCUGCGGGCGUGAGCGGGUGGGGGCCCCUUCCUCCGCCCUCGGAACCGACCCGCUGCCCUCAUCCCCCGUCCGCGUCUUUCGCCCAACCGAAGACCCCCGUCCUCUCCCUCUUCCAUUGCUCGGAGAGUUCUCGGGGCUGAUCUCCCUUUUGGAACCGGAAGUACUGCAGAGGUCUAAGAGGGUCAGGGAGGGGACAGCGAUUUGUGCACCUCCCAGACUGGAACCAAGAUACGGGAGGGCCCGCUAGGCCACUUGCCCUCAUUAUUAGUGCCCCCGUUGCUGUAGAAAUUCUGACCUCAAACACAAAACCGGAAUUUCCCCGGGUGAGACCCUUAAUGGCCCAGGAAAGCAGUCAGUCCUGCAAUUUCCAGGCCACUCCACCUCAGAGAGGCUUUGCAAGGAAGGAGGAGGAGGAGGACCACGUGGCUUGGAGCACCUACAGCAUGCCACAGAGAAGGCAACCCCCAUUUUACAGAUGAGGAAGCUGAGGCUCAGGGGAAUUGGUUUACCUGAGAUCGCCCCAGUAAGUCGGGCAGAGCUAGGUGGGGACCCUGGGUGCAGAUUCUUUCUAUUGCAUAUGCAGAGUAAGCAUGAGACCUUGGAUGACUCCAAGAUACCUCUGAACAAGGCUGCACUGAGAGAAGCUAAAAUGUCAUUGCUGUUUACCUACGUAAACAAGGACUCUGCCUGACUUAGGAAGCACUGAAUAGCCAGUAAAAAGAACACCGGCUUUGUAGAAAAAUUAGGCCUGAGUUUGAGUCCUGAGUCUUACCGGUAUGACCUUGGACAAGUCAUUAGAGCUCUCUGCCUGUUUCCCAGAAGUAAAAUGGGGUCACAGACUCAGCUGCUCCCUUCCUGGUGUGGUGCCAAGACCAACUGCAUGAAGAUCUUUAUAAAUGAAUUCACUGCAUGCGAUGCCCAUAUAGGAGUUGAAGUUACUCCGUGGGUAAACGCCCCUUGGUGAUGAGGUGGGUGCUGUUCUUGGGCAUAAAAGCAGCCCUGUGCCCAGCAUGGAUCAGUCUGUCUUCUGGCAGCCAAGUGCAGGUGUGAACCUUGGUCAACCCCAUGCUCUUCUCCAUUCGCAGCCCACGUACUAGAGUUUGGACUUGGAUCAAAGUCUGGGGCAGCUCCCUCAUUACUAGGGCCCUGGGUGCAUGAUUGUGCCAGCAGGGUGCCAGUAGGCUGCCAGUGCCUCCAGCGGCUCAUACUGUUACCCUCUCCUACAGGUGCUCCUACGAGCUUUGCUGUGCUUAGACCCAGGUAGUACCCACGGGAUCGCCCAGCCUCUGGCAGCUCAACGUGAAGGCGUGAACUCAGCUUGCUUCAGAGCCUCCCCACCAUGACAUCCAAGAAGCUGGUGAACACGGUGGCAGGCUGUGCCGACGAUGCCCUUGCUGGCCUGGUGGCCUGCAACCCCAACCUGCAUCUCUUGCAGGGCCACCGUGUGGCCCUCCGUUCUGACCUGGACAGCCUCAAGGGCCGCGUGGCACUGCUGUCAGGUGGGGGCUCCGGCCACGAGCCUGCCCAUGCCGGUUUCGUAGGGAAGGGGAUGCUGACAGGGGUCAUCGCAGGAGCCGUGUUCACCUCCCCGGCGGUGGGCAGCAUCCUGGCAGCCAUCAGGGCAGUGGCCCAGGCAGGCACAGUGGGGACCCUCCUCAUCGUGAAGAACUACACUGGGGAUCGGCUCAACUUCGGCCUGGCCCGGGAGCAGGCCCGGGCUGAGGGCAUCCCCGUGGAGAUGGUGGUCAUCGGGGAUGACAGCGCCUUCACCGUCCUGAAGAAGGCAGGCAGGCGGGGACUCUGCGGCACAGUGCUCAUACACAAGGUGGCAGGUGCCCUGGCUGAGGCAGGUGUAGGGCUGGAGGAAAUCACAAAUCGGGUGAGCGUGGUUGCCAAGGCCAUGGGAACCCUGGGAGUGAGCUUGUCCUCCUGCAGCGUCCCUGGCUCCAGACCCACCUUUGAGCUCUCACCAGACGAGGUGGAGCUAGGCCUGGGGAUCCACGGGGAAGCUGGCGUGCGCCGGAUAAAGAUGGCAUCCGCCGACGAGAUCGUGACACUCAUGCUCGACCACAUGACGAACUCCUCCAACGUGUCCCAUGUGCCCGUGCAGUCUGGCUCCUCAGUGGUGCUGAUGGUCAACAACCUGGGUGGCUUGUCAUUCCUAGAACUGGGCAUCAUGGCCGACGCGGCUGUCCGCUCUCUGGAGGGCCGCGGGGUGAAGAUCGCCCGUGCCCUAGUGGGCACCUUCAUGUCCGCCCUGGAGAUGCCUGGCAUUUCUCUCACCCUUCUGCUGGUGGAUGAGCCUCUCCUGAAACUGAUCGAUGCUGAAACCACGGCAUCAGCCUGGCCCAACGUGGCCAAGGUCUCUGUGACCGGGCGGAAGCGGAGCCGGGCAGCCCCUGCCGAGCCUCUGGAGGUCCCCGAUUCCACUGCCACAGGAGGCUUAGCCUCGAGGCAGACGGUGCUUGUGCUGGAACGGGUGUGCGCCACCCUCCUGGGCCUGGAGGAACAUCUGAAUGCCCUGGAUCGAGCUGCCGGCGACGGGGAUUGUGGCACCACCCAUAGCCGUGCUGCCAGAGCAAUCCAAGGGUGGCUGAAGGAGGGUCCACCCCCUGCCAGCCCUGCCCAGCUACUCUCCAAACUGUCUUUCCUGUUGCUGGAGAAGAUGGGAGGCUCCUCUGGGGCGCUCUAUGGCCUGUUCCUGACUGCGGCGGCCCAGCCACUCAAGGCCAAGACAGACCUGCCAGCCUGGUCUGCUGCCAUGGAGGCCGGCCUGGAGGCCAUGCAGAAGUACGGGAAGGCUGCUCCAGGGGACAGGACUAUGCUGGAUUCCCUGUGGGCAGCAGGACAGGAGCUCCAAGCCUGGAAGAGCCCAGGGGCCAAUCUGUUCCAUGUUUUGACGAAAGCAGUCCAGAGUGCGGAGGCUGCAGCCGAGGCCACCAAGACUAUGGAAGCGGGAGCCGGGAGAGCCAGUUACAUCAGCUCUGCGCGGCUGGAUCAGCCGGACCCUGGGGCAGUGGCCACGGCCGCCAUUCUCCGGGCCAUCCUGGAGGCCCUGCAGCAGGAGGGUGUGUGAGCGCCUCCUGGGCCUCUGUGCCCCUCUCACCGCGGCUCAGCGGUGGCCACUGGCAGUUCCUCCUGUCUUCCAGCUGUGACCCUCCCUGUCCCCUUGCCCCCAGGGCCUGUCCUGAGUUUGGCAGGGAACCCUCUACCAACCUCCAGAAUUCCUACAGAAACUGCAGGCCCAGAGUGGGUCAUGUACCACCUUAGUGCUGCCCUUUCCCUCUUCAGGGAGGUGGAAUUCUGGGGUCAUGCUGCUCUGCCCCAGCCACCUCGAGGCCUCAGUGAUAGGCAUUUUCCUUGGGUGGCAACAUGGCCUUUAACUGGCCAUGCUAAUUUGGUUUUAAGGCUUCCUGUGAAAGGCCUUCCGACCUUGACCCUGAGCCAAUGUGAAAAACAAGCAAAUAAACCACAUGGAAGCAAGAGCUCCGGCUUCUGCUGAGGGAGCUUUUUCCCACCAAUACGCCAGGCAUUAAGGCCUCAACCUCUGGUUGAAAUGAUCAUGACCCGGGGUGCCUGGGUGGCUCAGUGGGUUAAGCAUCCCAACUUUGGCUCAGGUCAUGAUCUCAGAGUUCGUGAGUUCGAGCCCUGC